AUGAAACAGGACAAAAUCAUCAGGGAGCGCAAGCUUAUCUUAAAGAGAGACAUAACUCUGUUUAAGUUUUUGAACGACGUUGACCCCACCGUCCCUUGUGACGAGGACGUUGCCGACCCUAAUGACGAGGACGCCGCCGACCAUGAUGAAGAGGACGCCACCGGCCCUGAUGACAUGGACGCUGCCGACCCUGGACACCGCCGACCUGAUGACGCGGACGCCGCCGACCCUGAUGAAAAGGACGCUGCCGGCCCUGAUGACGAGAACGCCGCCGACCCUAAUGACGUGGACGUUGCCGACCGUAAUGACGAGGACGACGCCGACCCUGAUGACGAGGACGCCGCCGACCCUGAUGACGUGGACGCUGCCGACCCUUAUGAUGAGGACGCCGCCGACCCUAAUGACGAGGACGCCGCCGACCCUGAUGACGUGGACGCUGCCGACCCUGGUGACGAGGAGGCUGCCGACCCUAAUGACGAGGACGCUGCCUACCAUAAUGACGAGGACGCAGCCGACCCUGAUGACAAGGACGCUGCCGUUCCUGAUGACGAGGACGCCGCCGAACCUGAUGACGUGGACGUUGCCGACGCUAACGAGAAAAUUUUUGAUGCAUGGCUGUGGAUCGCCGGUCAAGUGGCGAUCCGAUUCGAUCCACGAGUCAGAGAUGACGAUUCACAGAUCGAACCACGAAUCAUCAGCAUUAAUUAA